AACAUCUCUGACAUAUAUAAAUCUGGGGAGUUUAAGACAUACGACAACUUUGUUUCAUUAGCUGCAAAAUGUGUAUGGCAGAUAAGAGAUAAAGAUAGAAGAGGUAAGGUAUGGAAUGAACAGAUAAAACCAACUGCUUCAGAUUUAAAGAAAACCAUUGACGCCUUGGUUGUUUUAGCAGGUAAGGUUUCAGAAUAUAACGCAAAAAUGAAUCCGCAAUGUUCUAAAUGUAAAGCAGCAAUUAGGAAAUAUAACUACUCCGUCAAAGAGAUAGAAAGAAUGAGAAACGACUAUGCAGAUUUAAAGAAAGAAGCAGAGAAACCAGCAGAAAAUAAAAUGGACAUGUUAGAAUUUCUGAACAAAAACUAUCCAACUGCUGACGAUUUCCUUCUAUAG